AUGGUAAGUGGAACGGGCCCAGCACCGAAUCAGGCCGACACGGUCGCAUUCUGGCGCAGCCUGUGGUCAGAGCCCGUAAACCACAGUGAGGGCCCUUGGACAGAAGUUGUGGCGAGUCAGUGUGCGGGUAUAACGCCCAUGGACCCCGUCAUCAUAACGCCGGAUAACGUAGCUGAGGCGGUCCGCAGGGCCCCGAACUGGAAAAGUCCGGGGCUUGACGGGUUGCAUCACUACUGGCUGAAGGAGUUCAUGGUGUGUCACGCUGUGCUCGCCCGACAGUUUCAAGAGAAGAAUCAGAAGUCGCUCCCAAGCCUCUUCACUACUGGGAUCACUCAUUUGGUUCCUAAAGACCAGGGUACCACAGACCCGAGCAAAUAG